UGAAACAUCAUGGCGACUUACACGGCUGCUGCCGCUGUCAGUCGCUCACUGAAGUUUUUCCUCAAAGACUCUCCUUUGAUUUCACGUCAGAUUUGUUGUUUGUCGAGCAGUUUCUCUGGAAAAGGUUACAGUAGUUGGAGGGCAUGCUGUUCAUCUGCAUCGUCCUGCUCGUCGGAUCCUCCAGCAGCAGACACGUGUGGCUCCAGUGAAACUCUUGUGCACUUUGAUAGCCUCGUUCAGGGUGGCUUCCUGAGGAGGGAUGCCCAACAGAGACGGGUUCUCCAGCAGCUGGCCCAGCUGCAGCACACCCUCAAGAGCUACAGUAACAGUAUCUACUUGAAUCAAGACAUUCUAAACUCAAAAGAUGACAGCAGCCAACAUCACAGUGGCACCAGAGCAGGCGAAAACAAAGGCAGUGAGCUCACUGAAAAGGAGAAACCCAUUCCACCACCACCAGCACCACCACCCAAAGGCUUCUAUAUAUAUGGAGAUGUUGGCACAGGGAAGACCAUGCUUAUGGAUCUGUUUUACUCCCAUGUGAAGAACAGUCGCAAAAAGCGAGUCCACUUCAACGGCUUCAUGUUGGACAUCCACAAAAGGAUCCAUCGGAGGAAACAAAGCCUGCCAAAACGGAGGUUAGGGAAAAUGUUCACCUAUGACCCCAUAUCACCGGUUGCCAUGGAGAUCAGCAGUGAGACCUGCCUCUUGUGUUUUGACGAGUUUCAGGUGGCGGACAUUGCCGACGCCAUGAUCCUGAAGCAGCUGUUUGAGAUGCUGUUUAAAACUGGAGUGGUGGUGGUGGCUACCUCCAACAGACCCCCUGAUGAUCUGUACAAAAACGGACUUCAGAGGGACACCUUCCUACCUUUCAUCGAUGUGCUGAAGGAAUACUGCCACACCGUCUGCUUAGACACAGGGAUUGACUACAGGAAGCUUGGCGAGGCUGCAGCAGGGAAAAUUUACUACGUCACAGGGGAGCCUGGUGCAGAGGCCUUCUUGGAUGCACUGUUUGAAGAGCUCUCAUUAAGACAAAAGAGUGCUACAGGUCCCCGGGUGCUCUCAGUGCUGGGUAGAGAUGUGACUCUAGAAAAGACCUGCGGAACCGUUGCUGACUGUACUUUUGAUGAGCUGUGCGGCAGAGCUUUGGGUGCCAGCGAUUACCUGGAGAUGGCGCGGCUCUUCGACACAGUAUUGAUCCGCCGCGUUCCCGUGCUGACGCUGUCGAUGAAGGAUCAGGCCAGACGCUUUACCACCCUCAUAGACAACUUCUAUGACAAAAAGGUGAGGGUGGUGCUGCUGGCAGACGCUCCUUUGGACCGGCUCUUUGCCCACACUGGAGGAGAUGAUGAGAGGGACCGACAGCUCCUGGAUGACCUAGGCCUCAGUGAGGAGGCAGCAGAGCGACUUACCCUCUUCACAGCCGAGGAAGAGAUCUUUGCCUUCCAGAGGACAAUCUCUAGACUGAUGGAGAUGCAGACGGAGGCAUACUGGCUGGAGGGAGACCGCAAUCGCAGAAAGACCCACAGUGAAACUUAGCGCCUGUUCCUAACUGUCAUGAUAAUUAUCUACCUCGGCACAGCACAGAGCCUCUAAGCACUAACACUGCAUAGGAGAUGUAUUCAGUUAAGCAGAAGUAGAAAAGACCAAGUCUGUUUUGGGAAACCAAAAUCAUCUUUUUCUUCUUCAGAGAAAUCAAUAUUUAACAAGGCAAAACAAAGCAUAGUACCUGUGUGUGUGUUGUACUUUUUUUCUGCCUGGUCCUUUUUUGUGACAUGCACUAUCUCCCCAUUGAAAACGAUUUGUUUUAAAUAAUAUGAAAACCUCUCUAACAUGAGUAAACCACAGGCAAACGGGCGCUCACUUUAGAGAGGAGGGAAGUGUGUUUCACUGCAGUUGGUUACUGCCCUCUAGUGGGUGGAUGUGAAAAGGGCAAGGUGUUUUCAAGCUGUCCAUUUGAGCACUGAUGUUGAUUUAGGAUAUGCUUGCUAUUAUUCAAUAUACUUAAUGUAUUUUAUUUUAAGGAACUUCUGCCAUUUUUGUAAGCUUUCUAUGAAAUCGGAGAGAA